UUCCCAGCAUGGCAGAGUCCUAGAAUCCGCGCGUCUGUCUGCAGGGAGAGAGCCUGGGGGGAAUCGGGGCGUGACAUGGACUCCAGCCCCUUAUGAAACCUGCCCAAUCUCCCUGCUCCUCUGCCAGGCUGAGGAAUCGCGUCCACGUUUCGCUCCAGAUCGUCCCGUCUUCCAGGAGACAGGGCAGGGGAAUGGCUGUGAUGGAGCCAGCUCAGAUGCCGGUGACCUUCGAGGAGGUGGCUGUGUAUUUCACCCAGGGACAGGGGGCUCUGCUGGACCCCGCCCAGAGAGCCCUCUACAGGGACGUCAUGCAGGAGAACUACGAGACAGUGACGUCGCUGGGAUUCCCCCUUCCCAAACCUGACCUGAUCACCCGGCUGGAACGAGGGGAAGAGCCGUGGAUGCCCGAUCUCCAGGCCUGUGAGGAAAGAGGGAUCCUGAGAGGCACCCACACAGGUGAUGAGAGAGUGAGUGAGACCGAGGAGGGGAACCAACAGCAGGAAGUUCCUGGGCACAGGGAAUCACAGGGGACCUUUGUGGGAAGACCCCAUAUGUGCUUAGACUGUGGAAAAAGUUUCAUGCGGAGGUCAGACCUUGUUAAACAUCAGGCAAUACAUCAGGCAAUCCACACUGGAGAGAGACCCUACAAGUGCUUAUACUGUGGGAAAAGUUUCAUACAGAGGUCAGGCCUUCUUAUACAUCAGACAAUCCACACCAGAGAGAGACCUCAUAAGUGCUUAGACUGUGGAAAAAGUUUCAUACGCAGGUCAGCCCUUGUCAUUCAUCAGGCAAUCCACACUGGAGAGAGACCCCACAAGUGCUUAGAUUGUGGGAAAAGUUUCAUACAGAGGUCACACCUUGUUCUACAUCAGGCAGUCCACACUGGAGAGAGACCCCAUAAGUGCUUAGACUGUGAAAAAAGUUUCAUACGGAGGUCAGGCCUUGCUAAACAUCAGAUAAUCCACACAGGAGAGAAAUCCCAUAAAUGUUUGGACUGUGGGAAAAGUUUCACACAUAGAUCAUAUCUUAUGGCACAUCAGGCAGUUCACACAGGUGAGAGACUCCACAAGUGCUUAGACUGUGGAAAAAGUUUUAUACGGAUGUCAGUUCUUGUCAGACAUCAGGCAAUCCACACUGGAGAGAGACCCCACAAGUGCUUAGACUGUGGGAAAAGUUUCAUACGGAGGUCAACCCUACUUGAUCAUCAGAGAAUCCACACAGGAGAGAAAUCCCAUAUAUGUUUGGACUGUGGGAAAAGUUUCACACAUAGAUCAUAUCUUAUGGCACAUCAGGCAGUCCACACAGGUGAGAGACUCCACAAGUGCUUAGGCUGUGGAAAAAGUUUUAUACAGAGGUCAGUCCUUGUCAGACAUCAGGCAAUCCACACUGGAGAGAGACCCCACAAGUGCUUAAACUGUGGGAAUAGUUUCAUACAGAAGUCAGACCUUGUUAAACAUCAGGCAGUCCACACUGAAGAGAGACCCUACAAGUGUUUAGACUGUGGAAAAAGUUUCAAACAGAGGUCAGCCCUUGUCAGACAUCAGGGAAUCCACACAGAAGAGAGACCCCAUAAAUGCUUAGACCAGAGGUGGGCAAACUACGGCCCGCAGGUCACAUCCAGCCCACAGGACGGUCCUGCCCAACCCGUAAUCUCCCAGCCGAGGAGGCUAGCCCCCGGCCCCUCCCCUGCCCCUAUAUAACAUCAUGAGUGAUGUGGAGAAAGUAGAUAAGGAAAAGUUAUUUACUUAUUCCCAUAAUACAAGAACUAGGGGCCACCAAAUGAAAUUAAUGAGCAGCAGGUUUCAAACAAAUAAAAGGAAGUUCUUCACAUAGCACACGGUCAACUUGUGUAACUCCUUAUCUGAGGAGGUUGUGAAGGCUAGGACUAUAACAGCGUUUAAAAGGGGACUGGAUAAAUUCAUGGAGGUUAAGUCCAUUAAUGGCUAUUAGCCAGGAUGUGUAAGGAAUGGUGUCCCUAGCCUAGGGUGACCAGAUGUCCUGAUUUUAUAGGGACAGUCCUAAUUUUUGGUUCUUUUUCCUAUAUAACCUCCUAUUACCCCCCACCCCCUGUCCCGAUUUUUCACACUUGCUGUCUGGUCACCCUACCCUAGGGCUUGGCUACACUUGAGAGUUGCAGCACUGGUGGAGGCUUUCCAGCGCUGCAGCU